AUGGAAAACUUCCACUCUGGGUUACAAAACUCAAUAACCUUUGAGGAUGUGGCCAUGGACUUCACCCAGGAGGAGUGGGCAUUGCUGAAUUCAUCUCAGAGAAAACUGUACAGAGAUGUGAUGCUAGAGAACUAUAGAAACUUGGCUUCACUGGGACAUCAACUCAGCAAGCCUCCUCUCAUCACCCAGAUGGAGCAGGAAGACGAAAUGGAGAUAGUAGAGAGAAGAAUUCACCAAAACACCUGUUCAGAUGAGCUGAUUCUCCUUAAAACCAAACAACCACAGCAAAAACAAAGUAUUUUGGAGAAAUAUAUGCUCAAUGGCAAGAAGGAACAAGCUCUUGGAGGCAAUCCCAUUCAAUGCAGUGAAAUUGUUGAAGCCUUCAGUGUGAAAUCUAGCAUUACUCAGAAUAAAAUUUACCCUAGCAAGAAACCCCAUCGAUACCUUGACUCUGCAAAAGGCCUUAGAGAUUCUUCACAUCUUAAGCCACCUGAGGGAAUUCUUCCUCGGGAAAAAUCUUAUGAAUGUAAAAAAGAUGAGAAUGCCUUCCUCAGGAGUUCUAACUUAGCUGGGCACAAGAGACAACAUACAGAAGAGGCAUCCUAUGAGUGCAGCGACUUGGGGAAAGUCGUAAAUUCAAUCUCAUACCUUAAGAAGGAUGAAAAAAGUCACAUUAGAGAGAAACCUGUUGAGUGUAAUCAGUGUGGUAAAGUAUUACAGAGCCAUUCAUCCAUUAAGUUGCACAUGAGAACCCACACUGGAGAAAAACCGUUUAAGUGUGAUCAGUGUGGGAAAGCCUACAGCUCAAGCUCUUACCUUACGCGUCACAAGAGAAUUCAUACCGGGGAGAAGCCGUAUGAGUGCUGUGACUGUGGAAAAACCUUCCGCGAUAGCUCACUUCUCAGACAACAUUCAGGGACGCAUUCAGGAGAAAAACCUUACAAAUGUGAUCAAUGCACCAAAACCUUCAGUAGAAGCUAUAGGCUUACCAUACACCAGAUGACACAUACUGGAGAGAAACCCUAUACGUGCAAUGAUUGUGGGAAAACCUUCAGUAUUCUCCCAUAUUUUAAAAGACAUAAGAGAAUCCACACUGGAGAGAAGUCCAUUGAAUGUAGCCAUUGUGGUAAAGCCCUGAGUAGUAAGUCAUCUCUUAAGAUACACCUACGGAUACAUACUGGAGAGAAACCGUUCAAGUGUGAUAAGUGUGGGAAAGCUUUUAGCCUGAGCUCCAACCUUAUCACACACAAGAAAAUUCAUACUGGAGAGAAACCCUGUAAGUGCAAUGACUGUGGGAAAGCUUUCAGGGAUCGUUCAUGUCUUAAGGAACAUGUGAGAAUUCACACUGGAGAAAAACCCUUUACAUGUAUUCAAUGUGGAAAAGACUUCAGAGUGAAAUCUUUCCUUGUUUUACACAAGAAAAUUCACAUGAAAUUGACACAUGAAUGUAAGGAAUGUGGGAAAACCUUCCGUGGUCUCUUAUCUCAUAGGAGGCAUAUGAAAAUCCAUACCAGGGACAAGAAACCUUUUAAGUGCAGUCAGUGUGGAAAAGCUUUUACCAGGCAUGUGUCCCUUAAAGUACACAUGAGAACUCACACUGGAGAGAAACCCUAUGAGUGUAAUCAAUGUGGAAAAUCCUUCAAUGUUAAGUGUAAUCUCAUUGUGCACAAAAGAAUACAUACUAAAGAAAAACCCUAUAAAUGCAAUGUCUGCGGGCAAGGUUUCAGUAAAUCCUUACCCCUUUGGCGUCAUGAGAGAACUCAUGCUCAAUAA